ACUCACACACUCACAAGCAAUACGUAUUCACAUUCAAAAAUACACACGCGCAUUAUUUAUAAUUUAAAUAAAUAAUUAUAUAUUUAUAUUUUUUACGACACCGUUUUCAAACACAAGAAUGUGGGAACAGUUCAUAAAGUGCUUCAAUAAAGGCGGCAAGGCCAAGGGCUGCGAUGCAGUCCAGCUAGUCGAUCUAUAUAAGCGGGUGCCGCCCAAUCAGCGCAAACAGUUCAAGGCGUUUGCCGAGAAGAAUGAAGAAUACAAAAUGCGUCUUCGGAAAUAUCCACCAGAUUUGCCGGCAAUCGAUUGGGCGUUCUAUAAGCAGAAUGUGCGGCAGGAGAUGGUCAGUUGGGUGUUGGAUUUCGAGAAGAAAUACGACAAGCUGGACAGCAUGUUUACAAACCGACAUUCCCUGAUUGAUCAUUCCAAGUACUUUGGAGAGGUGAUUGAGCAAACUAAGGAGGUCGCGAAGGAAGUCAAGAAGUUCAAGGCGGAAUCGAACAAGCGCAUCGAGCUGCUGGAGGAAAAGAUGGAGCACUUGAAAUGCAUGAAGCCCUACGCGGAAAUGACCAUGGAGGAGUUUUGUCUAGCACAUCCACAAGAGGCGCCAGACUUUAUAAACAAACCCACCUUUUGGCCACAUACACCCGAAGAACAGAAGCCCGGGCCAUCGGAAGAGGUGGCGCAUGAAGAGCCACCAGAGGAGCCUGAUGGAUCAGGCAAGCCAACGUCAAAAGAUGAUAAAUCAGACCCGAAAACACCGCCAGCCGGAUCUGCACCCGCAGCUGGUGAUAAGCCUCAAGCUCCAGCUAGUGCAAAAAAGGACGCCGCAAAGGAUACAAAGGAUACCAAGGAUAAAACGAAGGAUACAAAGGAUAAAACGAAGGAUCCAAACGAAAAAAAAACCAGUCCUCCAUGCGAAGCAGAAAAAGAAGAAAAACUUGCCGAUGGAAAAGUAAAAGCUCAGGAAAGCCGUGAAAGCCAGGCGGUAGAGACUGCCGCACAAUUUGCGACAAAGACUGUCGAUUUUGCCAAAGAUUUGGCCGCAAAGGCUGUUACCAUGUUUAAGGGUCUCUGGCAGAAAGUCGGAGAGAAAAGAAAAGAGCUGGCGGAGAAGGAAUCUGAUAAAAAAAAAGCCGCUACAUUGGCAUCUAAUACGGCGGCAAAACCGCAACCUGACGAUGAUGAGCAUAUCCUUAAAAGGGAGACCGCCUCCGACAUAUGCAACAAGACAAUUAUCCGAGGAGAGGAUACAGCAAAAGCUGAUGUGAAGCCGCAUCAUGUCGACUUGGAUAUCGAGGCGGAUCCGCAACAAGAUGAGGAUAAGCCUUGUAAGCGAGAUGGCAAGGCGGAAAAAGUUUGCCAGUCAAAAUGUGAGGAGGCGGAGGAGGAAGAGUGCCAACAAGCUAAGGAAAGCUGUCCAGAGGAAGAGAAACAAGCGGCAUGCGUGGAAGACAGUAAGAAAGAUUUGGGUGAAUGUGAGCAGCGUGAAUGUGAGCAGCAAGAGGAAGAUCCUUGCGUUCAUUGGCACAAGAUCACAGCCAAGCCAACGGAUAAGCCCCAAUCCCGUGAGCCAACCGACUGCAAACAAGUGGACAUCACUUACAGCAGCACGGACUCGAAAAGUUUGUCACCUGUUCACCAGCUGCCUUUUGAUGCACAGACAUUUGGAUAUAUAUUGCCGGAUCGCAAGGUAGCAGAAGGCGAUCAGUUGCCCAAAAAAGGAACUGAAACACCGCAAGCCAUUUCAGAACAACUAAAAGAGUCCGCAGAUCCCAAGCAGGAGCAGCAACAGGUCAUUGCUGACCCGGUUAAGCCAGCUAAGCUUAACGUUCAAGCUCCCCAAAUCGUAAAUGAGCCGAAAGCAGAAAACGCACAGGAGAAUAUUCCUCAAGGAACCAGUUCAGCAGUGCAGUUGAAAUCGGAGGAAGAUACGGACUAUAUGCAGGCCAAUCAAGACACGAAAGAACCCGUCCAGGGUGUGGCGGCCACAACGAUUGCCCUGUCGGAGGCUCAACAGGCCAUAACCAGCUUCAAGGACGAUCUACCAGAAUCGGGCCAAGAUAAGACGAGCAAAUUGAGUCCGGAAGAUGUGGCCAAGCUCGUUUUCGACAUGGCAACCAGUGCUGCCUCUCUGCUGUCCGAAGCCAAAAAGAUCAUCGAAAGGGCAAGGCUGGAGAAGGGCGAAGGAAUAGUUGCCGCCUACGAAAAUGCCCAGCAGAAGGUGACUGUGGCCUUGGCCCAGGCAUAUAAGGCCUUGUCAGCGGCCAAGGAAGCGGGACUCGUUGAUCCUACAGCCAUUGCCCUGAUUGAGAAGAACGCCAUGCUGGCGCAGCUAUUGGCUCAUCGUGCCAUCACCAUGAAGAAGGAGAUUGCCAAGGUUCUGGCUGAUCUCAAGAGGAACAAUUGAGUUUUUCAGCAGCUUGUCGUUGUUAUUUAAAUGUAGUUCAACUUUAUGUUCGAACCGUUUUCAUUAAAUUUGCUGUUGGGUUUA